AAAUAAUAUUAAGUAAUAUUAAAUUAAAGUAGAUUUAUUUUUCAUUUGUGAAAUGUUUUUUAUGAAAAAAAUAGAGGUAAUCUUAUCACCGUUUACCUUAUCAGUGAGAUUUGACAUUUACUAAGGAUCGUCCAGUCUUCGAUUUGAUACAAAUUAAAACGAAUUAUUUCACAAACUCGAAAUGACGUCCACUAUGUCAAGUGACUGGAAAUUAAGUCGUAUUCUUGGCACGGGAGGUUUUGGAACUGUUGAACUUUGGGUGCAUGUCCAAAGUGGCAAAAAACUUGCAAUUAAAAAAUGCAAAUGGGAAUACUCACAAUUAACGCCAAUACAACGAAAAAGAUGGAUCAACGAAGUUGAUAUAAUGAAACGUCUAAAGCAUUCAAAUAUUGUGAAAACAGAAUACAUUCCGUCCGACAUUUCGAGUGUAGAUGAGAAAUUGCCGAUUCUGUGCAUGGAAUACUGCCAGAAAGGAGAUUUGAGAAAGGUUUUAAAUCAACCAGAAAACUGUUGUGGGAUUAAUGAAACUGAAGCAAUUAAGAUAAUGAGUGAAAUUUUGUCAGCUGUGGAAUACUUACAUUCUUGUAAUAUAACUCAUCGAGACUUAAAGCCAGAGAACAUAGUUUUGCAAAGUGAAAAGAAUAUGAUAUCAUACAAGUUAAUAGAUCUUGGAUAUGCUAAAGAACUUGGAGAAGCGAGUAUAUCUGCCUCUCUAGUUGGCACACUAAAUUAUGUUGCUCCAGAACUUUUGUGGAAAGAGAAGUACAGUUGUUCUGUUGAUUACUGGAGUUUAGGAAUAUUGUUUUAUGAACUUGUAACUGGAAUAAGACCAUUUUUGCCGACAAUGCAACAUACUAUGGAGUGGAUGAAACAUAUUCAAAAUAAAAGCUAUGAGGAUAUUUGUGCUUAUGAAGCAGAAGGAAAAAUCAUUUUUGGAAAAGACAUUCAGAAUCCGACUCAUUUAUCAAAUUUUCUCAGAAGCGAAAUGAUCCAAUGGUUUAGGCUAGUUUUACAAUGGGAUCCACACAAAAGAGGUAAAAUAUGUGAUGAGUUUGGUACAUCCCAUUUAGUGGUAUUCACAAUGCUACAACGUAUAUUAUCAAAGAAAAUACUGUAUGUUUUCUGUGUGCCAUUUUACAAAAUUAAUACAUACGAAAUUGAUAGAAACACUACUAUCAAAGAUCUUCAAUUAUUAAUAGAAAAAGAUACUAACAUUCAAGUCAAUCAUCAGGUAUUAACUGAUUACAAUGGUGCUGUGUUAAUGAAAAGUGGUGCAUCACUCCUUUCACAAACUAAGGAUCACGUUUUAUUUCUCUUCAGAAAUGGAUGUUGUUUAAUAGAAGAUAUACCCGCUCCGGAUAUUCCUAUAGAAGUGAAAAAGAUUAUGAUAGAACCAAAAAAUGAAUUAAAUUAUGAAGUAUUGAAUAAUCAUUACCGUUAUACAAUAUAUUUCGUGAAAAAGGAAGUGAAUUUAUUUCAACUAUACAUUUUUGCUCUUAGCAUAAAUGUAGAUUUGUUACAUCAAAAAAUCGAGUUGUUUCACUUAAACAUGGAGAAGACAUUGGAAAAUACAAAAAAGCUCAUAGACCAAGUAAAUGCAUUUCGGGCAAAAUAUGAAAAUAUGACAAGUGAAAGCACGACUGACAAAGUGGUAGCAUUACAGGUUUAUUUUGACAAAGUUGACAAAUUAAUUAGCGCAGCUAAUCAAAUAAAAAUAAGUUUCAUGUCCUUGAAGGAAGAUAAUGAUAAAUUAAGAGAUAAAGCUCAAAAUAUCGAUUGCGUGAAGAAUUUAUCGCAACUGUACGAUAAGAUGUGCGAGGAGUAUGUAGAAUUUAGAAAAGAAAGUAUUCAUAAACCAGUAAAAGCAUUGAACAUGGUAAAAUUAUUGUUUACUUUUUUGAAUACACGCAUAACACAACUUCGUGAUCCAAAUAUCAUUGAUAUUACGAGGCAAGUAGAUAAGCUGCAGGACGGACUGUCAAAGCUGGAAAAGAUAUUCAAUUCGGUUACUGUCAUGACGAAAUUAUAUUGGAUGCAAUAUCAGAAAAUCGCACAACUGGAUGCUAAUAUUGCUUCUCAGCAGGGUACUAAUCAAUCUUUAAAUUUCGCCACUGAAUUAGAUAAGGUCAUCCAGUCAGAAGACAACGUGAUAUAUGACAACUUGGUCAUGCGCCACAUGAUGGAAAACUUAAUAGCUGAAAUACAGAAAAUGUAUCUUGAAGUGGUCAAUUUGGAUCUAUAAUUACAAAUCAGUGUACUUAUCUGUUCAGUUAUCGCGCAAUCUAACAUUACACUUUUUUUAUUUUGAUAUAUUCAAUGGUCAAAGUCUGUUUACCUCAAUGUGCGUGGAACAUAAUGCCGCACACCCCAUUUUAUAUUCGCAUGUUUAUCAGUUUUAACAAAUGUGUAAACAGGCUUAUUGAAGAAUUCUUCCAAUUUUGUUGCUUCAUAUCUAUCGUUCUGACCUAAGAAAUAUAUUUGCUUCAGGAUAUUUGUAAAUUUAUUUUUUAUAAAAAAUAGCAUGUUUUGCUGAUUUAUUUUUAUAUAUUUUCUGUUAUAAGAAGGCAAAAUUUAUCUUAUAAAACUAAAUUUGUAGAUAUCCUGCACAUGCGUCUAUUAUAUACUAGAGAAAAGUAUUUUCUAUGUACAAUAUAUAUCAAACAAAAUGUCUUUCAAACUAAAACGAGCAAUUUGAUUAUUUCAAAGUUCGGAAGUCGGUAAUUUUUAAGCUAAGCCGGCUCCAGACGAUACGAUCAAUGUGUUUGGAGUCGAUUUUAUAAAAGCUAUUAUACAUGGCUGUGAAAGAAAUAUGCAUAAAAUAUAUAAAUCGUGAUUUAAUUAUGAAGAUAGAAUGAUUAUAUGCACAAAAUUUUGUUAACUCUUAUUUUUAUAAUUUUUUCUCCAAUACUUACCCUUCUGAAGCGCAAUGAUAUUUAGAACUAUGUUUAACAAAACGUAGAGAACAAAGUAGCCCUUAAAUAUCUAAAAUAUAGAGUUGUAAAUGUAAUAGAAUUGACUUAAAUGUUUAAUAACUUUAUAAUAAAACUUUAUAACUGUAAAAUACUUUAUAAUAAAAAUUGUUAUGUACUCA